CACGAGACCAAUUUAACGAACUACGUAGGUCUACUGUAUGCUCAUGUGCGCGGGUAUGUGUGUGUAGUCAUGUUUUGGGGUAAAUCUUGUCUCUUUUCUCUCUUGUCAUCAGCUCUUUCUCUGUCUGUCUCUGUUCUCUGUCUCGCUUCAUCACCGUCUGUGCCUAUGUAUGUAUGUAUGUCUCUCCAUUUCCAUCCCCAUGCCUAUCUCUCUCUCUCUGCUCUUCAUAUGCAGCGUAAACGUCAUAUGCCUACUAGAUACACAAUAAACCCAGAACAAAACAAUAACAGCCCACCUACCCUUCUCUACCCCCGCGGACCAUCAUCGCCGAUGAGAAGGAGCGGGAAAAAGCCCAACAUCCAUCGACCUUCCCCUUUUUCUUAAGGGUUUCCAUCUAGUAGUAAAAAAGCCCUUCCCGACAUACAUUUCCCGUUCGCAAAUAGGUAUAGGUUUAGACCAUCCAUCCCAGUGUUGAAUAAUAAUAAAACAAUAAAAACAAUAAAACUUUAAAAAUCCCUAUAUCCUAGAUAUCAUUCAUACCGCCGUAACAAAACAAUUCCGUGAUAUCCAAAAAUGCAGUGCAGUGAUAAUAAUACAGUUCGUAGCCAGUA